AUGAUAAACGGCGCUCUUGUGGAGGUUGACGGGCUCUUUGCAGGUCUCAUUUACCUCGAUGCGACAGAUCCUCCACUCUUCAAGAGAACUUCAAAGAACUGGUUUCAAAACAGUCUCGCUGCUAAGUUAGACGUUAUCUGCAAUGCUUGCGAAACUCGCUCGGAGAACGACACGCCCAACGCACCAUCUUCCACGAUCCACGAAGGCAUCCUAGCCCGAGACGCCGCAUGGUCUUCUAUUCGAACAAUCCGAGACGGAAUGCAGAUUCUCUGGGAUCAUUUUGUCGAUGUUUCUCGGGUCCUAAAUACACCGGUAAUUGAUAGCCUACGCAAGAGCUACCAUGGUGCUCAAGGCCUUUGCUAUGAAGGAGUGUUUGCUUUCCGCCACACCGUCGUUGGCCAGAGUCACGACGACUUGGUCGCGAUAUUUUCCUUUUGUAGCCUGUCCUAUGUGAUUACUCGUCUUCUCUGUGCUCGCAAUAGAGCCAACCAGAUCGAUAUCCCAGCCGGUCUCCGUUCAUGGCGUGAUGCAAUCAAGGAAGAUGACGAGCGACAGGCUUUUGAUGCUCUGGCCGUACAGAUGUGGCCAGAAACAAUGAAUACUGUCCAUUUUCAGCCAUUGGCGCGAUCUACGAGUACUCACGGCCAUAGUGGGAGCGCGUCUCCUGUGUCUUCUAUCCCCUACCAAAGCGCAAUACCGCCAACUGCUCCUGAUUUCAGCAGCACGCAGUCAUUUGACGGCGACCAGCAAGGCCAAGAACUCUCCAAUAUCAUGGGUAAAGGCCUCGCCCCGCUUCAAGAUACAUGGAAAGAUAACGAGCAAGUCAAUAACGGCACGAAAAACACCUCCACGUCCUUCAGCCAGCAUACUCAAAGCUUGACGGACCUAAUAAAUGAUGCUUUUCCCUUGCAUGCACCAAGCAACGAGCCAUCCGCUGACUCUUUCGCAUGGUCAGACUCGGGCUCCAUGCUCGAUAUGAUGGAACCUCUGGACUGGACAGCAUUUGGAGACCUGACAAGUCAAUCAGCCGGCUACACGGAGCCCGUUACCGAUUACACCCAAGGACUGAGUGAUACAGCCCUGCCGGAAACAGCAACUCGCGCCAGUUCCCUACAAGAGACAUCGACAUUUACAAUUAUCAGAGAUUAUAUCCGCGACAACUGUAACUUUUGGGUUCGGCUCGCCGGCUCCGGUAUAGUGUCAAAAGACCACAAAUCACGUCGCUUAUGGUUGCAAAAGGCACCAGCCUGGAUGGAGUGCAAACGGACAUCAUCAUACAUCCAACAAUUGCGAGCUCUGGAGCACACUCGCAACACAGAGUCGCGUGGUAUUAUCGCUGUUGCUGAAGCUUACAUUAGAUGGGGGUUUCUUCAGAGUGUUGAAGAUGUAAAGCUCUAUAUGACGAAACUGGGAGACUUGUUAUUCGACACCGAAACAGACCGUCAAGAUUUCUGCAGAUGGAUUAAGGGCUUUUCGGGUGACAAUGAGAAACCAUUGAUAUGCCCAUACUGCUCUCACCGGGACAACCAUGAAGGCAACCUGCGAAGACAUAUCAAGAACAGACAUGGGAAUCGCUAG